AUUUCUUUCCCAGGUCAGCCAUAUUGACGGCUUCUGCUUCUUUGUCGAAGCAGUAAACUGGAGCUCAAGGCAGGACGCAGUGUAAAGACAUGCGUAUUUAGUCCGCCCCGCCCCCUGCACGCACGCCUUGUUAACGGGGAGGCGCGCGCCCGCCGACGUUCUGUGCAGGCUACGCCUUCGUUACCGCGGAGACAGAAUUAAACAGGAAUUCGGGUGCAAGCAGUGCCGAACGCUAGGGAACUUUUUAAAAGUGCAUUGACUUUUUAGAAGAGAGACAACAGCUGCAAAUAAGUGGAAUGUCUGAGUCACACAAACUUGAAACAAUUCAAGAUGAGACCCAAGAAGACAAUUCACUCGAACGUCAGGGCAUGGAAGAGAACUCAGAAAAUCCUGUCAAUUUAGUAGAGGAGUAUGUACGUGCCAAUGAGGACCAAGCUGAUGUUGGUGACCAGAAGGGGACCACGGAGAGGAAAGAAACCAUAUCCACUAAUGACAGCACUGAGCAAGAGUCGACAGAAAUUAACGAGGAAGCAAGCCUAGGAGAAACUCAGGAAAUGAUUUAUGCAGGAGGGGAGCAGCAACUUACCUCUAUGACAAAUGAAAGUUUGGAAGCGGAUGAUACAGCUGAGGCCCAUACUGGAAUCGGCGAUCCCCUCUCUGAGAAAGAGAGUCCUGUGUUGCAAAUGAAAGAGGAUUCCCCAAUUUCAGUUCCAGGUACUCCUGAGAGGGUACAUAGCCCUAUGAAUGAAGCAGAGAGCAAACAAAUAACAGAGGAACUGGAGGCCAAAGAACGUAACGAACUGUUGGAAAAAUAUCAAAACCUAAUAGAAGAAAAGGAGAAAAUCUCUCGGCACAAUAUUUCAUUGCAGCAAAAGUUGGCAAAACACCUCAGCAAUAGCACCAGGGAGGAUUUACAUCAUGAAAAAGAGAGAUCAUCAUCAGAUCAGGAACAAGUUUAUCAGAGGUACAUAGACACCAUCCAGGACCUGAAAAGUCAGCACCAAAAGGACUCAGAGAUCUUCCAUCUGCAGAUAGAGGACCUAAAAAUAAAGCAGCAAGAGAAAAUUAAUGAGGUGGACAGUGACUGGAAAGAACUUUUGGAUAUGGAAAAGGAGGUCCUUGUAGCAGCAUUUAGCAGUAAGUUUGGUAAAGCUGCAGCCCUGAAGGAGGCCGAGCAGAUCCAAGCAAAUGAGCAACGCAAGGAGACUGAGCUCAUCCAUAUGAGGCUAGAAAACAUUAAGCUAAAAAACAAGAACAAAAAACUUGAGUCUACCCUAAAAGCCAAGGAAGAAUUAGAGGAAGGCUUGAAUUUCAUUGAUUUUGAACAACUAAAAAUUGAAAGCCAGACCUACAAUGAAAAAAUAGAAGAGCGCAAUGAAGAGCUGCUUAAGUCCCACAAAAAAAUCACAAACACCGUCCAGGUUCUUACACAUGUAAAAGAGAAACUUCAGUUCAUGCAAAUAGAGAACACUGAAAAGAAAGGACAACUUAUGGAUUUGGAGGAGUUUGUUGGACAAAAACAAGCCAUUCUUAGCAGGAGCAAACAAAUACGGGAUAACUUACGUAUGGAAAAUGUUAAACUUGCCCAAAAGUGUGAUCUGCUUGAAAAUGAAUUGCUGCUCAGAGACUUUGAAAACAAAGUGGAUGACACUGAGGUGCUUAGCCAGAAGCUCAAGGCACUGAAGGUCAACUAUGCUGAGUUCAAACUGAAGUGUGGAGGUGUCAAGAAAAAAAUUGGACAAGCUCAAACUGUAGAACAGUAGAGAUAACUACUGGUUUAAGACUUGGGAGUCUGAAAAAAUGGUAUGUUGGUUUAGGGUGCCUUGAAUAUGUUUGUAUUAUUAUU